AAAGAUUGUCCUCAUGCGGCUUCCGUACCCAGGUUAACUAGCAUUAUAGGCAAACGCGAGAUAAUUAUUCAUAUUUAUUUGUAUAUAUUAAAAAAAAAAGAUGUUAUUGCAGACGGUGCAGGUACGUUACUCUACAGCAUGAGAAAUACUGAAGAAGAUCUGGAGUAGAAGAGGAGACAGCAGCAUAUCCUACUCAACUGUUGUCAAGUUAAUUUCUAUAUCACAAACAUGUUCCCAGAAUUGAACAGUAUUCUCAAUGCCACUCCAGACAGUUUCAAAUCGAGUGACUUUAUUCUGGUGUCAGACAGACGAGCUGAUGCAUCAUUCCUCAUUCAUCACCAUCUGUCUUUCUAUUUACGUGCUGGCUGUAAGGUGUGUUUUCUGGGUCUUGUGCAGUCCUUUAGUCACUACAGUGCUGUCGCUCAGAGGCUGGGAGUGAGUCUGGUCCAGGCAAGAGAGAAGGGCCAGCUAGUGUUUCUUGAAGGACUGAAGAAUUCUAUUGGAGUUGUAUUACAGGAGGACACCAGUCAGGAGACGCAACCCUUGAGUUAUCUCAGGACCCCAGGUGCUGGACUGGAAGGUCUGUUCAGAUUUGUUGACCGUUCUGUGCGUCAGAGAGGAGAUGGUGAUGCUGGUGAAUCAUGGGGUCCUCCAGUGUUACUCAUAGAUGAUCUCAGUGUGCUCCUGAGUUUAGGUGUUAGUGUUGGAGCAAUACUAGACUUUACCCUCUACUGCCAAGCCACCGUGUGCUCUGAGUUACAGGGAAAUAUGGUUAUUCUGGUGAGAUGUGAGGAGGAUGCAGAUGAUGAUGAAGAGGGAUCAAACCUGCUGCAGAGGGGACUAGUUCAUCAGUGUAACUUGGCUUUACAUGUAGAGGGGUUACCAACAGGCUACUGCAGGGACAUACAUGGACAGAUGUCAGUUUGGUGGCGACAGGGAGGAGAGACCAUCUACAACCAGCAAAAGUUAUAUCAUUUUAAAGUCCAUGAUAAAGGAGCAUCGUUUUUCGCUCGAGGGACUUCUAGUGCUGUUCUCUAAAUUUUCAAAUGAAUACAUAAGUUUUCACACAAUCUCUUACUGAAAUAAUGUCAUUAUGUAGAUGUUUUAUAUAAAUACAUAUAUUUAAUACAUCA